AGUUCUUGUGACAAGCAGGGUCUAAAAUAAGAAAGACUUCUUCUGCACCUGAUUAGAAAAUUGCCAAAAAAUAUACCUGUCAGUCUGAGAUUACAGUUAAAUAGGGAACUCGAACUGAAAAUAAACACAUUUUAUUAUUUGCUACAAAAUUCAAUCACUGACAACAAAAAUCAAACCCCAUUGUUUGAGCUCAAAUCUUUUCAAAAAGAUAUCUAAAAAUAUUCUUAAAAACCAGUUGGACGCGAAUAAAUAAAUUUCCGCAGUAAUUUCCCAGAUUCGCGCCGAGAUCAAAUCACAAACAAACUUCGAAUAGCCGAUUUUGACCGUUACAGAAAAGCCAUCACUACUCGCCAAAAGAAACAAAGAUUGCAUAAAUCAACACUUCCGUUUCUCCAAAAUCUGCUCCAAAAAUGACCAUCAAGACUAACUUAGACUGUCAAACUAAAGUAAUCGACGAGCAGGAGGGAGUCCGAAUUUCGAGACAAUGUCCCGGAAACAAGAUCGUGAGCGACUUCUUCACUGACCUCGAACAAACCACCCUGCAUUGCUUGUUCCAACGCGGCCUCAGACUGUCGAGAGACAAACCCUGUCUGGGUUCCCGUCUGCCCUCAGAGGACAGUUACUCGUGGAAGACAUACGAGGAGGUAGACACUCUGGCCCAGAGGGUGGGGUCCGCCUUGAUCCACUUGGGUCACUCUCCGAGGAGUCUGGACAAGAUCGGAGUGUACGGCACCAACCGAUUGGAGUGGGACGUCACUCAGAUAGCGUGCAAUGCCUUCUCCCUCGUCACUGUGCCCCUCUACGACACUCUGGGAGUGGAGGCCAUAUCUCAAAUCAUAUCCACCACAGAAAUGAAGACAGUCGUGUGUGACAAUGAGGACAAGGUCACCAGACUCCUCAAGUGUCGCAACGAGUGUCCAGACUUGUCACUUGUCGUAACCAUGGACCAGGUAUCCUCAAUGACUGUGGCAAAAGGGAAGCAGGAGGGACUGAAAGUUGUCAGCUUCGAGGCUCUGGUUGAGAUGGGAAGAGUGAACCCCCACGCAUUCACGCCACCUUCGGACCCAAAUACCCUGGCUCUCAUUCUGUUCACUUCUGGCACAACAGGGUGUCCAAAGGGGGUGAUGUUGUCGAACAGGAACCUCGUGACGGACGUAGGAGCCAUGUUAGCCCAUUACGAACCGAUUGCAAGCCCGAAUAACGAAGACAGUGUCAUAUCAUACCUGCCUCAAGCCCACGGAUUUAACCAAGUCAUCACCCAGUGCAUGUUCGCAUGGGGCGCCAGAGUGGGAUACAUCAGCGGAAGUGUGCUGCAGCUCCUCGACGACGUCAGGGCUCUCAGACCCACCUUGUUCCCAAUUGUGCCUCGACUGAUGAACAAGAUCUAUGACAGUAUCUGGCAACGAGCUUCGAAGAGUACCUUGAAGAAACUGCUGUUGAAGAAAGCGUUCGAGGCUAAGAAACACCAGAUGGAGAAAGGAGCGUUCGUGCAUAAUGAUUUCUGGGACAAGUUGGUGUUCCGCAAAGUGCAGAAGUUGCUAGGAGGCAGAGUGAAGGGAAUGGUGACGGGAUCUGCGCCUGUUUCUGCCGAAGUACUCACUUUUGUGAGGUGUGCGGUCGGCUGCGACGUUCUUGAAGGCUAUGGUCAGACGGAGACAACUGCUGCGUCCACGUGUACCGUGUCAGGUGAUUUCCGCCCGGGUCACGUGGGAGUGCCUUUGAUGUGCUGUGAGGUGAAAUUAGUUGACAUCCCUGACAUGAACUACUACGCCAAACAAAACAAAGGAGAGAUCUGCUUCCGUGGUCCUCACUGCUUUUUGGGAUACUGGAAGGACGAAGAGAACACCAGGGCCACAAUUGACCAUGACGGUUGGGUGCACUCUGGGGAUGUAGGAUUAUGGACUGAACAGGGAACUUUGCGAAUCAUAGACCGGAAGAAGAAUAUUUUCAAACUGGCACAGGGAGAGUACAUUGCACCCGAGAAGAUAGAGGGCAUCUAUCUGCAGGCCAGCUCAGUGGCACAGGUCUUUGUACACGGAGAAAGCUUGGAGACGUGUUGUGUGGCUGUGGUGGUGGCCGAUGAGGGGGUGCUACGAGAGGAGGCGAAGAACAGGGGGGUGGAAGAGAAGUCUUGGCGAGAGUUGUGUGGAAAGAAGGAGUUGAAACAGUUUGUGUUCGAUGAACUCACCUCACUCGCACAACAACACAAACUCAACAAACUCGAACAGGUUAAGAACAUCUACCUAUGGCCACAACAAUUCUCUAUCGAAAACGACCUCCUAACCCCCACGUUGAAAUCGAAGAGGCCACAACUAAGAAAGAAGUUUGAGAACGAAAUCAAGUCUAUGUAUGCCGAGAUAGCCGAUGGAACUGCCUUUUAAUCCGGAGUUGAACCGUGCCAAAUGCCAAACAAACCUGCUCUGAAUCAAUAAAGUAACCAAAAAUAUUUUUGCAAUAAUCCAACUCUAAAAUCCUCAAAUCUCAUCCCUUCUGCGCAGUUAAAUAUUACCACUAAAUAUUAGUUAUUAAACAAUAACGAUUACGCAAUCAAUCAUAGCCAUUGUUGCCCUUAUGGUCUAUAGUUUCACUAAAAUUAAACGAAUAGUUUUAGUUUAUAAAUAUUAUGUAUAAAAAGUUUUAUGUAAAUUGACUGCCGAAAGCAAUUUG